GCCCUUCUGGGCUCUCAACCUGCCAAAACAGACGCUCUGUCAUUCUGAUUUUGCUGGAGGCUGAUACGCUGAAGGGCAUAGAAUCAGAAACCUCCUUUGACUCCUGGGAGAAAUUAGACAUUGGGUUUAAAAUUUUUAAACAUGAACUCUUGUCCUACCCAAAAUUUGUGAUCUGAUCUCCCUGAGUGGAUCCAGCAUUAAUCAUUUUAAUUUUGGAAGCUCAGCUCAUUGCCUCAUGGCAAUUAACACAGAUGUGGAAGACUGGGGUGGAGUUGGGAGUAAUGACUCUGGUGAAAGAGCGUGGCUCUUGCAGAGUCCCAGUGUGGAUUCUGUGCAGCAUCUUGAGAUGGAGAGGGGGACGAGCGGCGGUGUGUCAUCUAUUGCAGCUGUCUUCAUUGUAGUUAAUGCAGCACUGGGAGCAGGUCUCCUUAAUUUCCCAGCAGCCUUCAGUAUGGCGGGAGGUGUAACUGCAGGAGUGAUGCUUCAAAUGUUUAUGCUGAUCUUCAUUAUCAGUGGGCUGGUGAUUUUGGGCUACUGCUCACAGGUCAGUAAUGAAAGCACCUAUCAGGAGGUUGUUCGGGCAACUUGUGGGAAAGUCAUUGGGGUCUUGUGUGAAGUAGCCAUUGCCAUCUAUACUUUUGGAACAUGCAUUGCAUUUUUUAUUGUCAUUGGAGACCAGCUGUACCGCUUGAUCCCUGAUGAUGUUGUUCAUGGCCACUGGUACACUGACCGCAAAUUCACCAUUGUUGUUACUGCAGUCCUGGUUAUUCUUCCUCUCUCUAUCCCAAAAGAAAUCGGCUUUCAGAAAUAUGCCAGUGCACUGAGUGUCAUGGGAACCUGGUAUGUUACCAUAGUGGUCAUUGUCAAGUACAUCUGGCCUGACAAAAAAGUGGAUCCGGUUUAUAGGCCCACAGGUGCUGCUUCCUGGACUGCAGUUUUCAAUGCCGUACCCACCAUAUGCUUUGGUUUCCAGUGCCACGUCAGCUGUGUGCCAGUGUUCAACAGCAUGAGAAAGAAAAAGCUCAAACCUUGGGGACUUGUUGUAACUUUGGGAAUGAUCAUUUGCCUCUUUGUUUACACGGGCACAGGCGUCUGUGGCUACCUGACUUUUGGUGCAGAUGUUAGCCAGGAUGUGCUAAUCUCAUACCCCCCUAAUGAUAUUGUGGUGGCCAUUGCAAGAGCCUUCAUUGUCAUCUGUGUGGUCACUUCCUACCCUAUUUUACACUUCUGUGGCAGAGCAGUUAUUGAGGGACUUUGGCUGCGUUUCCAUGGGGAGGAGGUGGAGGUGUGUGUACGUCGUGAGCAGAGGCGGAGGAUCUUGCAGACACUUGUGUGGUUUGUUGUCACACUUGUUCUCGCCCUCUUCAUCCCAGACAUUGGUCGAGUGAUCUCACUCAUUGGAGGAUUGGCAGCCUGUUUUAUCUUCAUCUUCCCAGGUUUGUGUUUGAUGCAAGUCAAACUGUCAGAAACAGGUAGCUGCUCUGCAAGCUGGCAUGGGCUGGUGAUCUACAGUGUUGUCAUGAUUACAGUUGGAGGUUUCAUCUUUGGUCUGACUACAACUAAUGCCAUCUAUCAGGAUGUCAUUAGCUAAAGAUCUCAUCCUUCAGAGCAAGUCACUCAGAAGAAAGCUGUCAAGGAUGCACAACAAAGGGGGGAAAAAAGAGAGAGAACUUUCAGAGGUGGUGGUUGUUUUAAUGGUGCAGCUAUUCCACAAUGUUGCACAUUCCUGAGCUGAGAGACUUUAUUGGAUUAAAACCAUCUUAACCAAACUUUUACUUUUUUGGCAGCAUAAAUGUCUAUGAACAUUAGCAUGCAGUGAUUACUAAAUCCAGCUCUCAGUCAAAUUUAAGUCAUGGGAUUUUUUUGGUGCAGUAGUUGUUUUCCAAAAACUGUAAACUGUUUGUACACAGCAUCAUUGAUUGAUUGCUUUUUUUUGUUGUUGUUGUUUUGUUUUGUUUUUUUAGCUGUGUGGGUGGGAAGCUUGAAGCCUGUUAUUUUAAAUUGAUAGCUCUUGAUUUUUGUUAGAGAGCAGACUAUCUGGUGCUUAUGAUUUAAAGGCAAAAUCUUCUGUCCUUUCAACCGUGAAAACCCAUCAAAAGCAAAUGAUUUUUUUGAAGCAGUUUUUAUCAUCCUUAUACUCAGACUGUCUUGGCACAAAGUGUACAGAGAGCAGGGAGCUGUAGGUGUACUCAGUGAUUAGUUUAUUUUAAGCAAUGCAUGCAGUACUACAAGUGUACAAGCAGUACCACUACAAUAUACAUGUAGUACCAAUGAAGACUUUGAUUACAGCCUAAUGUCAACCAGAUAGAAGUUAUAUUUCUGUUUGCUUAUAUUUCUGUUUGCUUAAAAUAACAAAUUAAAACAAAAAAAUUGGUUAAGACCUUUUCCAUUAUUAGUAUUAUUAUCAUCUGUGGAUGUGCAUUACAUAAUACAUUUUACAAGUCGGCUAUGGUGAAAAAGUGAAAUUACAUUUAUUUUUCCCCCCUUAAUUUGUACUUAAUAUAGUUGACUUCCAAUGAUUAAAAUGUUUUGAAACAGAAAAAGAUAAAGCAGUCAGUUUAUUGUGAUUUGUUGAAUUUAGACAAAUCAGUCAUCCAAAUUUUUCAAUUAACACAAUGCUCAAAGAAAUAUGCAACAAUUACACUAAGUUGUUUUAUGUCGCAUCUUAAGUUUUUAGUUUGAAUUAUAUCACAGCAAAUCAUGAACAGGCAUUAUUGGUUUUUACAAUUAUUCCAUUAUUAUUCAACUCUUGUUUUAUUUGUAUAUUAGAUUUGAGGGACAAAAAAGGUUUCUGCAACAGGUGGUGUAGAAGUGACACUACUGUGUACUAAAGAUAUUUGAUCGCGUUUCAUGAAAUCAAAAAGGGAAAGAAAUAAGUGAAAGCUUUUUUUAAGCAAUCAUUGUUGAAAUACUGUUUUAAUGGUUUGGAACUGAAAUACUGCUGUCAACCUCUCUUUUCCUUAUCUGUUUGCCAGACACUACAGAGUACCUAUUCACAUGAGUUAAUGCUGAUUUUAACUGUUGUAUUCAUAAUUUCUGUGUUCAUAAUAAAGAACUGUACAUUUUUCAGAACUAUGCACUUCUCAAAGAAGCUGACUGCCAGGAUCAUAAAGAUUUUAAUGGUUAUUUUUCAGGCCAGUGGUAUCACAGCUAAUCAACUGCAAUCACGGCAUUAAAAAACAGACAAUCCAUGUGUCAGUGGAAGUUUAAUAGAACAACAAAUAAAGUCAAAUGAUAGAAAAA